UACCUACACGAGCAAGUCUGUAAAGCUACAUCAAUACGCAGAAAUUGGAUCUUUUUUUUCGAAAAAUAAAAGGUCAGAGAUUCAAUUAUCGCGGUGUGUUUUUGAAGGAUCAAAAAUAAUUGAAUUUUGGAGAUUUAACCCACCGAAAUAUGUAUAGUUUAGAUGUGACUGUGUUCUUUGUUUUGCGACUUUGGUUGACACCGGUUUCUUAUUUUGAAAGUAAAUCCGAAAGGUCGUGCUUUGCUGAGUUAGAUUGAACCGACCCCCACCCCGCUCGCGUUGGCUGGAUCGAUCCUGUUCGACGACGGUGGGAAAGUUUUGAGUCAUUUGUUUGGGAGAAUCGUUCCCGGGGGUAGAAAUGUCUCCAGAUUUCUGCAUUGACUCGUCGCCGAAGACGACAAAAGCAGAGGAGCGAGCGGCUCCUCGGCCAAAUCUGGAAUAAAACACUACCCCCAGCACGAAGGUCCCUUCCGGGGCGGUUUGUAGUUUUGGAGGCUUUUCACGCGACCGAAGGCUCGACAAAGGAUAGCGGCGGAAUGGCCUUCUUCGCGAAAAAGAAGAAAUUCAAGUUCCAGACGCAUCUAACGCUGGAGGAGCUGAGUGCAGUGCCUUUCGUCAACGGGCUUCUCUUCUGCAAAGUUCGCCUGCUGGAUGGAGACUUCGUUGCUUCCUCCUCCAGGGAGGAGGUGCGUGAGAACUGCGUACGAUGGAGGAAGAGGUUCUCCUUUGUGUCCAAGAUGAGCGCAAACCCGCACACGGGCGUGCUGGACCCGUCCGUCUGCCGCGUGUCUGUGAGGAAGGAGCUGAAAGGCGGGAAAACGUAUGCCAAGCUGGGCUUCGCAGACCUCAACAUGGCCGAAUUUGCCGGCUCGGGUUCCACCGUGCGCUGCUGCCUGCUGGAGGGCUACGACACCAAGAACCGACGGCAGGACAAUUCCAUUCUCAAGGUAAUCAUUGGGAUGACCCUCCUUUCUGGCGACCCCUGUUUUAAAACUCCAGCUGGCACGUCCAAAAGCGUCUCGGUGCCGCGACGUGAGCACGCCUUGCAGCCGGACUGCAAGGGGGAAGGAACCAAGGCGGAACCAGGGCCACCCGGAGGGAUUUCCCUGAGCCGAACGCCCAAACAUCGGCCCUCCCUCGUCGGCUCAGGUUUUCCGGAAGACCCUGAAGGUAACGCGUGCCUUCCCGGACAACUUUUCCAAUCGGGACAUUCUCGCAACUCCAGCUACGCCAGCCAGCAAAGCAAAAUCUCUGGCUACAGCACGGAGCAUUCCUGCUCGUCCAGCCUGUCGGACUUGACGCACCGCAGGAACACCUCCACCGGCAGCAGCGCGUCGGGGGGUCCGGUGGGCUUUGCCGCAGACGCCCCCGCCGAUGGAGAAAGAGACGCUGGGCGCCCGGACAGACCGCUGCGACCUCCCAGGCCGCUCCUGCCCAACAACAGGCCCCCCAGGAGGAAACAGGACUCUGUGGAGAGUCAGCCAUCUUGGGUGAACGACACACGCAUGGACGCCGACGACAUUGUAGAGAAGAUUGUCCAGAGCCAAAACUUUGAGGACGUCAGCAACACUGAAGACAGCAACCUGCGUCUGUUCGUCAACCGAGACGGCAGCACGGCGCUCGGCGCCAUUCGACUGGGUAACAGGGUGCCGGCCGGCGGCUAUGAGCCUGUGGUCAUCGAGAGCCGCUAGAUGGGAGAGAUUCUUUUUUUUUUUUUGCCCCCUGCCGUCUUUAGCUGGUCUGACGAUUGCGCAGGGGGAAAGACAGCAGUUUGCACUUUAACUGCAGGUGGACAUCUCAUUUCAGACACCGACACUGACGUCCUCGGCGUCGCCACCAUCAGCAAAAUGGAACGCGGGCUGGCAACGUAGAGUGUCCACACAACUGAAUCAAAUAUCGAUGUCACGAGUGGGGCGCGACCGAUUAAUUGUCCGGCUGAUGUUAGCGCCUUUUGAACGCCACCCAAAAAAUUCGCUUGUUUUAAUCAUCAUAUACUUCUCAUUUUUUGCAGGUUAACACGUUUCAACAUACAACAAAGAUAAGCCCAUUCAAACAUUGCCCUCCCCCCAAAUUGGCAAAAAUCAGCCAUUUUUUUCCUCUGUUGUGAAGUUCUACAAAUAUGAACGUAUUGUAAAACAUUCACAUUUUAUUUGAUUUGCAUUUUUAUUCAAAUUUUAUUCACGUUCUGUGCUAUUUGGAGCCCGAUGCGUCUUUGCCUCUGGCAAGGAUGCCAAUGACGGCCAAGGAACUCGGGGCAUCCACCCACCACAUCCUUGAAAGUUGUUUGAUUUUCAAGCUGUGGUCACUCUGCUGCCCCCUGUUGGAGCAACCAGUGUUUACAGUCAACACAGUUCACAAAAAGCUUGAGAAAUGGCAAGGAAAUGUUUACAAACAGCUGGCUGCUUGCAGCAUUUUCUUUCUUGUCAUUUGUUUUGUUCAUCUGUAGGAUUUUUUCCAAUGCUUACCAGCAGAAUAGUGGCAAUUAGUCUUGUUUUUCUUCCCCCCACAAAAUGUUUGAUUGUCACACUACUUUUUUGUUGUCUCGAAAUUCACCCGCAUUGUUUGAUGCAUUUGACGUUUGGGGGAUGAACCACUAAUUUCUGGUUAACACCACCUAUUAUUCUUGUUAUACUUGUACUUUCUACUUUCUCUUUUUUUUUUUUUUUUUAAAGCAUUUGUAUUUUUUGUCCAUUUAUUCUAUGACGGUUUUUGUCCGGAGGAUGGAUGCUCUAAGCUGUGCACACGACUCACCUUCCCUCUGUUUUGUUUUUUCCACUAUUAGAAAUUCAUACAAGAGUAUUACCAUACCAUAACAAAGAUAGUAUUCACCCAAAGGUACCGAGCAUCACCUUUGUAACACAUCUAAAGAAUAAAAAUUACCUAUGUA